UCUAAUUAAUGGUCACGCGCGCCAAAUACUAGUCCCAAAACUAAUGAACUCUUUCGGUCUCUUCUAUCGUUACUAAAAUUGUUGCUGCCCCUAUGAAAUUGUAAGCUUUGUAUCAAACUCAUCCACCAUAUUUCCUCAAAUCAUAAUUACUGUUCAACUAAGCAUACCAUUAAAUCCUGCUUCCUCAAAACUUCAAAUACCUGGAACUCCCUACCAGUUCACACAUUCCCUAUCAGCAUAAACAAUCAAAAGUUCAAAUUAAGCAUCAGCUGCAUCGAACUCAACCACUUUGGGUAGCUGAAAAUGUUAUAAUGACUGUUCCUCUUCAUUUGAGACGAUAUUAAAACUUGUUUAUUACAACUAAUUACUAGUAUCAAUACGGGAGAGAAGAAACGCCAACUCGAUUGCUGUAGAAUUUGACCCCAAAAUAUAAGUGGUGGAAACUAAAUACCGUAUAAUCCUUUUUGUCGCUUCACUGCUUUUUUAAUUUUUUAUCUUAUCGGUUAUUGUACUAAGUAACCAUAACUAAUCUACCAGAUAUCCUGUCCGCCCUUGCAAACGCGUUAUCUGUCAUAUCACUUUUAUUUUCUGUUUAUCCACAACUAUCCCAACAUAUGAAAUUAGCCAAGUUAAUAUUUAAUUCAAUGAACAUUAAACAGCUAAUUAUAAAUAAGUAUAACAAAAGAAAAAAUAUUAGUCGGUGAUUAAUAUAUUUUAAUUAUUCCAGCACGUACGAGAGACAACUCCAGACAUGUUUCGGUAUUAUUACGACUUCAUCGGCGGAGCAUAAACUUAAAAGUACUUGGCAAAGUAAUGAUAGAAGAAUCACUAAGGAUACAUCGGAAAAUGAAAACUCUGUUAUACAAAAUAAACAGCCAAAAGCGAUAUGGCCACGGCUGAAAUGCCUUUUAUCACAAGAUUAUAAAUGAAUUGUUUAAAAAAUACUGAACCUUAUGUUAGCCGAUAAAAUAAUCCUUUCUUUAUUGGCCACAUAAGAUAAUAAGAUAAGUUAAUAACCAUUUCUAUUACUGACACAAGUCCUGAACUUUGAUUGGAGGGAGACAGUUGAUUAUUUCGACUCCAGUGCUCAACUGGUACUUAUUUUAUCGACUCCGAAGGACGGAAGGCAAAGUCGACGUCGGUGGAACAUAAAGACGGACGAAAUACUUCUAUGCAGUUGUCUGACGUGCUAGCAAUUCUGCCAGCUCACCACCUUAAGAUAAGUUAAUGAUAAACCAAAACAUGCCCGCACUUGUGCUAAGCAAUUGUCGAAAACAUUACAAUAAUAUUGUUAAGAUUAAUAUUAACCGUUUCUUCUGCGUAAAUAUUUCUAGUUUUAUAGUUGAUUUGUGAAUGUUCUUUGUGUGAAAUAUAUUAACACUCCGAGUUUUUAUGGAAGUAAUUCGAAAUAUAUGAACAGAUUUAGAGCAGAAAGUUAUUUAAAAAUAUGUUAUUUCUACACUGAAAUAUUGCAACUGAAAACCACACAAAACAAAACGAAAGCAAAGAAAAAAGAAAAAGAAAAACAAAAAACAAACUAGAAAUGACAUUACGACACGAAGUUUCAUUAUUUUGAUCUCGAGCCAACGAGAAGAUUCUCGGCGCUAAAAACAGUUGCCUAAUUUUUAUGGAAAUUACUGUUACGUAAUUUAAAAAAUAUGAUUUACAGUUUUAGUAAAUCCAUACUAAGUGCCUGAGCCUCUUGCAAAAAAAAAAAGAAAAAAAAAAGAAAACAUAUUUUAAAAAUGUCCAUACACAUAAAUACGAUCAAUAAAACGUUAUACCUGGUUUCUAUGGAAAUACCAGUCUGGAGUAACAAUUGAUGCAUACGUUCUCUUAUAACAUAUGCAAUUAUAUUUCAGUGAAACCGAGAACGACAGGAAGAAAUUGUAUCAAGAAAAUAACCUUUGGAAUUUAGAUGUGAUGAGGAAUUUACAUUAAAUUUCUUAAGCAACAACGAUAUCAGCAAAAGAUAAAAAAAGGGGGGUGGAAACAAAAAAGAAAAAAGUAAGUGGUAAGAAGCUCAUUUCUGAGGAUCAUAGCUUCACUUCCUUAGUCAUCUUCCUUUUCACUCUUUGCCCAUCUUUCUUCCUCUUAUUUACUUUUCCUUUCGAGUGCUUCUUCUCUAAUCAAAUAUAUUUUCCUAUGAUACCUUACAUUGGCAAAGGUUAUUUGAUUUGAGGGAGCGAAAUUAGUUACAUACAUAAAUAUAUAUAUAUAAGUGGAUGUAAAAGCAAAGAAAAUAGAAUUUUUUAAAAGAAAUAUUUCUGAGAAAAGAAUUUCAUGAAUGAACUUUCCUGAGCAUUUUCUAAUCGGAUUUGUCUAUCACUCCAAUAAUUUCUCCAAUAAGAAUAUCCAUCAUAUAUAUCGCGAAACGAUUUCUUGUGAACGAAGUCGUUGAAUGUGAAAUCCAUAAACAGAAUUGGAUCGCAACAAAAACAUUUCGAAACUAUAUACCUCGUUUUUGAAAUUACUGUGUUCCCUUUUAUUGCUAGAAUGUACCAAGAAAGGAGAAUGGAGAGAUCUGUUGGAAUGAUAUUAAUCAUUCCGUUCGGAAUAUGCUUUAUACUCUUGUUUUUAGUCUGUUGUUUUGCCGACGAAAUGAAAAAGAUGUGUAUCCUACCAUCACAGAUUCCGUUGUCAUACCGCAAUACCUCUCCUACCUUCAACACAACACGUCGCCAAGAAGCAGCUGCCGCACACCAGAACCGCAUUGAUCCUGAAGAUGUCGAAGAACAAGGAUUUGUUGUAGAACAGAAUGAAACUGAACAACUGAUAUCCGAAGAACUGCCGAUAGAUUUGGUAGUCCACGGCAAUUACAACAACGGUAGCAAUAGAACUGACAAUAACAGCAACAGCAUCAACAGCAGCUGUCAUCAACAACCGACAGACUUUUGUUGUAGUAACAACAGUUCUGAACAGUAUAUCAGUUAUAAUAACACUGGCCUACGUUUUGGCGAUGGCGGUGAGGAGGCAGAAACUUCUUUGAUUCCGGCAGUCAUAAGGCAGAGCAGUCUACAGCGGAAUCAAGUACAUACAUCUUUUUCAGACAUAUGCAACCAGGAUAUGAUAACUUCUGAUCUCAUCUCUUCUCGUUCUGUCGCUGCUGUUAACGCCUCUUCCACUUCCAGCAUCAGUACUAUCACCAACGAGGCCACAGCCAGUGCCGCUGCUGCGCCUCCUCCGCCUAAACCCCAGCCGAACUCCCACCAAGUAGAAGUUACAGUUUGUGUAAACAACCACUUUCAGCCGACAGACAGUUAGUUACAACGAACAAUGUAAAUUUGAUACCACAUCAUCAUUAUUUAAACGAAUCCAUUUAUCAUUCUACGCAUAACUGACGUCAUUCCGUAAUCAGAGCGCCAUAAUAUACCUAAUAUGGAAUCACAGCCUAAUCAACAACAGUUAUACAAUGAUGACCCCUCCUUAUACGUCUGAGUUAUCUAAAAAACUCAUUAUUAUUAUUAUUAUUAUUAUUAUUAUUAUUAUUAUUAUUAUUAUUAUUGUUAUUAUUAUUUAGAUGAUGAUGUUGAUGGUGAUGAUGACAAUAAGACAAAAAUACAAAAAC